CGCCGCUGCGGGAGGAAGGGGGCGGAAGAACUGGAGGGGUCGUGGCUGCUGCCGCCGUGAGCUGCUGCCGCCGCCGCGAGUGCCAGCUCCGGAGAGGACUUCAUGUUGAACAUGAGCCUUGUUAUGAUCAUUGAGAAUGUGAAGUUGGCCCGUGAAUAUGCCUUACUGGGAAAUUACGACUCUGCCAUGGUCUACUACCAGGGAGUUCUCGACCAAAUGAAUAAGUAUCUGUACUCUGUGAGAGAUACCUAUCUGCAACAGAAGUGGCAGCAGGUUUGGCAGGAGAUAAGUGUGGAAGCUAAGCAUGUGAAAGAUAUAAUGAAAACACUGGAGAGUUUUAAACUAGACAAUACUCCAUUGAAAGCCUCACAACAAGAAUUACCAGCUCAGGAUGCAGAAGUGUGGUCUUUGCCAGUACCUGCUGAACGUAGAGCUUCGCCCGGGCCCAGGAAGCGUCAGUCGGCCCCGUGCAGCGACUGCAGAGGGCACAGCAACCGCGCGGGUGCAGCUGCCAGGGCCUCCCACCGCCCGGCCUCUCGCAACCCCAGCGACAAAGGGAAGGCAGUCCGCAGCCGGGAGAAGAAGGACCAGCAAAACAAAGGAAAAGAGGAAAAGAGCAAAUCCACAUCUGAGAUUUCAGAGUCUGAACCAAAGAAAUUUGAUAGUACUGGAUAUGACAAAGAUUUAGUAGAAGCUUUGGAAAGAGAUAUCAUUUCUCAGAAUCCCAACAUCCGAUGGGAUGACAUUGCUGAUUUAGUAGAAGCCAAAAAGCUGCUUAAGGAAGCUGUAGUUUUACCAAUGUGGAUGCCAGAGUUCUUCAAGGGGAUUAGAAGACCGUGGAAGGGUGUGCUGAUGGUUGGUCCUCCUGGUACUGGAAAGACCCUCCUAGCAAAAGCUGUAGCCACUGAAUGCAAGACAACUUUUUUCAAUGUUUCUUCUUCCACACUUACCUCAAAAUACAGAGGAGAAUCUGAGAAACUUGUUCGUCUGCUGUUUGAAAUGGCUCGAUUUUAUGCCCCAACAACCAUAUUUAUUGAUGAGAUUGACUCCAUCUGUAGCCGCAGGGGAACUUCGGAGGAGCAUGAAGCCAGCCGACGUGUGAAGGCAGAACUGCUAGUUCAGAUGGAUGGUGUUGGGGGGGCUACUGAAAAUGAUGAUCCUUCUAAGAUGGUCAUGGUACUUGCUGCUACUAAUUUUCCUUGGGAUAUUGAUGAAGCCCUAAGACGGAGACUAGAAAAGAGAAUUUACAUUCCUUUACCAUCAGCCAAAGGCAGAGAGGAACUCCUCAAAAUAAAUCUGCGAGAGCUGGAACUGGCUGAUGAUGUUGACCUUGCAAACAUAGCUGAGAAGAUGGAGGGUUAUUCAGGUGCAGACAUUACCAAUGUAUGCAGAUUGUAAACGCGGCUCUGCGGACAGUGUCAGCACAGCUGAGAGGAAUGUGCUGUGCCACAGGGAUGAAAGCAAAGCUUGUACACAAAGCUGCCACCAAGGCUCUGUCAGCAGGGCCACUGCAGGCUGAGCUAAAAGUUUGGAGCCUCAGUGGAGUUUCCUGAACAAACCUUGCACACUGUCUGGGAAAAGAAUGGUAUGUUAGUUGUUCUGAAUCAGUGUUGUGGAGAUUUGUUUAAUUUUGUAGGUUUGUGAGAUGAAUUUCUGGUGUUCUUUUGAUCUUUGGUUCUGCUUUGAAAGGAGUUUGUGCUAAUAGGUUCAUGUUAUAUGAAAGAGAAUUUAUUUGGUCUGCUGCUUUGUGCAUUUUAGCUGCAGUUUGUCUCCUCCAG